AUGAAUUCCAUCCUGUCCCAUCUCAAGAAGCGCAACCGCCACAACGUCAACACCUUUCGCAAUGCCCCUCUGGCGGAGAUAUCGGGCUCGCUCGGCGACCUGGGCACGCUGCUGCCGCUCAUGAUCGCCCUCGCCAUCCAGGGCUCCAUCCAUCUCGACGCGACGCUCGUCUUCUCCGGCGCCUUCAACAUCAUCUCCGGCGUCGUCUUUGGCAUCCCGCUGCCCGUGCAGCCCAUGAAGGCAAUUGCGUCGGCGGCCAUCGCGCACCGCGGCGACCCGUCCAUGCCUGGCGUCGCUGGCGCCGGGCUCUGGGUCGGCGCCGCCAUCUUUGUCAUGUCCGUAACCGGCUUGUUGCGCUGGGCCGUCAAAGUCGUCCCGAUCCCCGUCGUCAAGGGUAUCCAGCUCGGCGCCGGCCUCUCACUCAUCAUCGGCGCCGGCUCCUCGCAGCUGCAACCACUAGGGUGGCUGCUCCCGAUCCUCGACAAUCGUCUCUGGGCCCUCUUUGCCUUUCUCGUCCUCAUCGCUACACAGCGGCUGCAACGCUUCCCUUACGCGCUGGCGUUCUUUCUCUUGGGCAUAGUGCUUGCUCUCAUUCAGGUUAUCAGAACACAUCAGGAUCUGCCUUGGUUCAGGAUCUGGCACCCCGAGUUUGUUAUGCCAACCUUCAUUGGCCACCCAGACGCGUCCCCCAUAUACAUGGCAAUCGGCCAGCUGCCACUUACGACUCUGAACUCGAUUAUUGCAGUGACAGCACUAGCUGCCGAUCUGCUACCAGAUGUUCCUACCCCCUCCGUGACAUCUAUCGGACUUAGCGUUGCCUUGAUGAACCUGACAUGUACCUGGUUCGGUGCCAUGCCGGUCUGCCAUGGAUCUGGUGGUUUGGCGGCUCAGUAUCGGUUUGGUGCCCGCAGCGGCGCAAGCGUUAUUUUUCUGGGAACCGUCAAGAUAAUCCUAGGCCUCUUUUUCGGAAGCACGCUGAUCAGUCUUUUGGGCCAGUACCCAAAGAGCCUGUUAGGCAUCAUGGUUCUUGCUGCCGGUCUGGAGCUGGCCAAGGUUGGACACUCACUCAACCAAGGUGCCCGCGAUCUGUGGCAAGAGUCUUCCGAUCGUAGCACAGGCGUGUCUGUCAUCACACGAAAGCUGCGCAAUCCUUCUGAGGAGGAGCGGAUGGAGCGCUGGACUGUCAUGCUCAUGACCACUGCUGGUAUUCUGGCUUUCAAGAACGAUGCUGUCGGAUUUGUUGCGGGGAUGCUAUGCCACUGGGCAUUCCGCUUGUCUGACCGGUUCAUUCGCAAGGUGAAUCAGGUUGCAGGGGCUAGUGAACGCGAUCCGCUGCUGCGAUAG